UUCAACACAUGACAAUUCGCUUUUGUCGUUAGAACAAUCAACGCACUCUCUCACACUCCGGGAAUGGGAUCUCCAGUAAUUUCAAAGAAAAACUUUCAAUUCUUCCGAGUUUACGCUCUCCGAAGGCUACUUUUCAAACUCCUUGGAUAGUUGUACCUGUUGGGUGCCAAGUAGACCAAACAUAAAGGGAACUGGUCUAUGAGGUCCAUGUAGCAGCAGGAGCCGUCGCUGUGAUAAUUGUAUGCCUGGUUAGGGAGAAAGGGUGCACGACGUCCCACCAAGAGCUCAGAGUCACAGUGGGAACGGAAAGGCCGCGCGUAAAGUACCCGUGCGUAAAAUGGGUGCUGGUGAUUUCUGAAAAAAGUAAGUGUUACUAAAUUAAAUUUAGGCUGAACAUUUGUUAACGUCUGAUUAUAGGGCCCGUACACACUGUAUAUCAUUACUUGAGGAUUAAAUUACCUGCGCAAAGUCGGGUUGGGCCAACAUUUCAGUCAUGGCCAAAUGGUUCAAAGAUUUCCCCAUAAACCUUAAGAACGGAAACGAACGCGUUCGUUCUGCCUCCGAGUCUGGCCCACAACCUCGCUCUAAAUCGGCGUUUUCCCGAGACAGUCUGAAGGGACUCCCACGCAAGGAUGGAGGUGUUGGAGGAGUCGGGGGUUUAUUGGUGGGAAGAAACCGUAAGAAUUCUGCUGUUGAACUAGGGCGCAACAGCAGCGGUCCUACGGGGUCAGUGUGGGAUACUCUUCGGAAGAAUUCAAAAGUUGACGCCGGGGGGCCAGAUGAGAACCGCCAACCCAGGACCUCCACCACCAACUUUGCGCACGCUUACAUUAGUAGAAUGAUCAAAGUUGACAAACAGGACAAGAACCCGAAAGUCACCGCCAAGAAGGAAAAAAAGCUACCGGAAAACGACAAAGAAAAGCCCGACAAUAAAUCUACAAUGCUGAUCAUCUUGGAGGACUACGCCGACCCGUUUGAUGCAGAGAAGACCAAGGAGCAGAGGGAGGCAGAGAGGGCCGGGGGGAACGACGGCUACAUGGAGCCUUAUGAUGCCCAGGUCAUCAUCACAGAAGUGCGCCGACGCGGCUCCAAGGACAUGCUGAAGGUGUGUGUGCUGCUGGACCGCGGCCAGGGGGGCCAUGUGGAGGGGAGGGGGGAGGACGGCAAGCCCCCGCCCCUCAACAUUUAUGACACGCCCUACGAGGGAGGGCCCGCGGGCGACAGCGAGGGGGUGUGGAUCCCCGUAACCCGGCCCGAGUCCGACGUGCGUCCCCCAGGGGAGUAUGAGCUGCCCUGGGAGUGGAGGAAAGAGGACAUCGUCAGGGCCCUGUCAGCCCAGUUUGAGGCGGGGGACUGUUCUCUUGGCAGGGAGGGUGGCUCCACCCCCUGUCGCCAGCAGCUCCAGCAGCUCCAGCAGCAGCAGCCGCAGCACACCCUGAGACAGAAGACCUGGAACCACAAGAGCCUGGUCUCCACCUCCCUGUCCUCCCCCUCGUCCCCGUCCUCCCCUUCCUUCCCCUCCUCCCCCAUCCUCAAACUCUCCCCUCUCUCGCCCCCCUCUCCCUCGUUCUCCACUCUCAAACCUUCGCCUUUCUCGUGCUCUUCCUCCCCCACCACCAAACUCUGCCCCCCCUCUCCCACCUCUGCCCCUGCCGCUGGCCCCCUGGAUGGAGACGUGGCCAAGGUGGACCCCACCCUGCCCUUGGAGAAGCAGAGCUGGUACCAUGGCAGUGUGAGUCGCCAGCAGGCAGAGGCUCAGCUGCAGCGUUGCAAGGAGGCCAGCUUCCUUGUGAGGGACAGCGAAUCAGGCACCAGCAAAUACUCCAUCGCUCUGAAGACCAGCCAGAGCUGUGUCCACAUCAUCGUGGCUCAGACUAAGAGCAGCAAGGGCCAGGGCUACACCCUUGACCAGAGCAGCUGUGUGUUCGCCAGCAUCCCGGAAGUUGUGCACCACUACUGCACACAUAGACUGCCUUUCACAGGAGCAGAGCACAUGACCCUGCACUACCCUGUCACCAGGCCUCAUUAAUCAUAUAUAUAUAUGUAUAUAUGUUUAUAUUAGUGCUGUCAAGCGAUUAAAAUAUUUAAUUGUGAUUAAUCAUAUUAAUGUCAUGGUUAACUCACGAUUAAUCGCAAAUCUUUUUUCUAUGCUAA